GUUUUGGUCUCAAAUCUUUCCCCGCAUCAAAUCGCCGCCGCCGCCGCCGCCGCCCGCCGGUGACCUCCCGCCGGCCCUGCCGGAGUGCCGCCGCCGAGAUCUGAGCUGUCAUGGCGGAUGAACCUUCGGACGCGUGCUCACGCACAGAUGGAGAUGGUGUGAGGGCUGGCAGGAACAACAAAAGAAAAUCUUCUCAAGCAUGUUCAUAUAGGUUCAUAAUAAGAAACGAAAGGGAGUGCUAUGUGAUUUGUGUCUUCGCUGCUGUUGUUUUCCUGCUCAUAUAUCUCUUUACCGAAUAUGAUGAUGAAGAAGAAAGCGACGAGGAAGAUGGAGAGGAAGAAGGGGAGAGAUGUGAAGAGGAUGGGAAAGAAGAGGAUGAAGAGGAAGAGGGCAACGAUGAGGGGGAAGAGGAAGAGGAUGGCGAAGCGCAUGCUGAGCUCCUUAAGGUUACUGUGGAUUGCUUCAUAGCAACAAAGGCAUGGGCAGAGCUCGAGCUUGGCCCAGGGAACGCAAACAUUAAAGAAAUCGUUGGUAUGCUUCGAUUCAUACCGGGAUACGACGAAGCAGUAAAGGCAAGACAAGACAGGAAGCCGUAAAGGUAGAAUGACGCCUCAAGUUCUCAGACAUACGAAAUAAUUCAUAGUUGGUUCUAAUGGUAGGAAGUUCAUGUUGCUGAUGGCACUUCCAAACUGUAUCCAUUGCAUGUGUGGACCAAAUGGC